GUCACGCUCUCACCUAGGCAGUGUUCGUCACUCAUUGGCUAGCGGCGAAAUUUGAAAAUGCAAACGCGGUCACUGCAGCUGCGGAGAGGAAGGAUGCGGACAAAGGUACAACGAGCUUCUGUCUGAGGAAAAGAAAGAAAAGAAAACUUUAAAAAAAGAAAGAAAGAAAAAGAAAGAAAGAAGCAGCGCGAUAGAUAAAACACCGACACGGUUGUGCUGUCCAACGUUUCUCCGGUAAACGGGUCUACUUCCAUAGGACAACAUGGACUCGGCUGUGCUAAACCUCCAGAGCUUAUACGAUCAGCUCAGGACGCAGGUUGAGCUUCUCAACGAGAACAUUGAACCCAACUUCAUCCAGAUGGCACAAAACUUUGAUGACUGCCGUCGCAAAUGGCUGAGGACGGAGCGAGAGCUGGGGUCUUGCAAAGAGGUGCUCACCAAAGCACAAACGGAGAGGGGAGCCUUGGAGGUCAAACUAAAACACGCCCGCAACCAAGUAGACGUGGAGAUCCGGCGGAGGCAAAAGGCAGAGGCUGAUUGUGAGAAGCUGGACCGUCAGAUUCAGUUGAUCCGGGACCUCCUGACCAGCGAGGGAUCCAGUAACAGCAUUCAGCUGAGUGCAGAGCAGCGAUCAGCUCUGGCCUUCCUCAGCACAAACUGCCAGCCGGCAGCCAACCUGAAUACCAGCCGGAGACUGAAGACGAUAGAUGAGUCCGCCUCCAUCUUGUCAGACAUCAGCUACGACAAAACUGAUGACUCACUUGAUUGGGACUCCUCCACUGUGAGAACAGUGCGACUCAAGAAACGAGAAAAAAGGCGCUCGUCGUCGAGAAAUCAUGUAGACGGUCCUCCACUUGUCUCCAAACGGUCUCGAUCAUCAGGCAGAGCUUUGGGCGACAUGGGAAAUGAGACCCUUGUGACAAAAACCACAGUCACCGUCCCUGCGAAUGGAGGGCCUGUUGAGGCAGUUUCAACCAUUGAGACUGUUCCUUACUGGACUCGCAGCAGGAGAAAGACUGCUGCCAUGGAGUGGGACUCUGAAUCUGUCAGGUCUGAGGAAGUCUUCAAGCAGCCUGCCAACCCUGACGGAGAGAUAAAAAUGCAGCCCAGCACACCGCAGAACCACGGGGGUGUGCGUCUUCACGAGUUUGUCUCCAAAACUGUCAUUAAGCCUGAGUCGUGCGUACCCUGCGGGAAGAGGAUCAAGUUUGGGAAGAUUUCACUGAAGUGCCGUGACUGCAGGGUGGUCUCACACCCCGAGUGCCGUGAGCGUUGCCCUCUGCCGUGCAUCCCCAACCUGGGUGGCACACCGGUCCGAAUCGGGGAGGGUGUGCUUGCAGACUACGUCUCUGGCACGUCGCCCAUGAUUCCUCCUCUCGUAGUUCACUGUAUCAGUGAAAUCGAGCAAAGGGGCCUGAAUGAGGCUGGACUGUAUCGUCUGUCUGGUGCCGAUCGCACCGUGAAGGAGCUGAAGGAGAAGUUCCUCCGAGGCAAAGCUGUUCCCGUACUCAGCAAGGUGGACGACAUCCACGCCGUCACUGGCCUCCUCAAGGACUUCCUGAGGAACCUCAAGGAGCCUCUUCUCACCUUCCGCCUCAACCGUACUUUCAUGGAUGCAGCCGAGGUUUCAGACGACGACAACAGCAUCGCUCUGAUGUACCAAACCAUCAGCGACCUGCCACAGCCCAACAGAGACACUCUGGCUUUCUUAGUCCUUCACCUUAAGAGGGUCGCUGACAGUUUGGACACUCGGAUGGACAUCAGUAAUUUGGCUCGAGUGUUUGGUCCGACUAUCGUGGGUCACGCAGUCGCCAACCCCGAUCCCAUGACCAUCCUACAGGAUACCAAACGACAACCCAAGGUUGUCGAGCGUCUGUUGGCUCUUCCAGCCGAUUACUGGGGUCAGUUUGUGAUGGCGGAGAGCGAGCAGCCGAACUUGGACCACCUGAUCAUCGAGAACGCGAACUGCUACGCCACCCCCGAGAGGAACAUGGGAGUCAGCAUGCUGGGACCUCUGACCACUCCAGAGCACCAGCUCAAUAAAACCCCGUCCUCCAGCUCCUUGUCUCAGCGCAUGAAGUCCUCUCUGACGCCCAGAUUUGGGGGCAAGAGCAAAUCGGCAGUUGGAUUUUCACGCCAGGGAAAAUUCUUCGCAUCUCCGCUCCUCAAAUAAACCAAAGCAGCUACACUUCUCUCCUUAACACGGCAAUACAUUUUGGCAUUUACGCAUAACACACAACGCGGUACUGCUUUUGAUAAUAGCUCCUCCAUCUUAGUCUUCUUACUUAUAAUCAUUUAAUAUUCCACAAUGAUAAGAGUUGUAUUUUGAUUUUAUGUGUUUGUUU